CCAUAAAAGAUAACACACCAUGGGUAUAACCUUAUUCUGUGGUGUAAGUGAAAAAAAAUUAUAAGUGUUAUUUACUUGUUUUUUACUAUCGACCGUUGUAGUUUAUAUUUCAAAAAUGUCGGAAUUUAAAAUAGUUUGCACAAAGUUUUUUGGUAGCACUAAUUUUUAUGAAAUUUUGAAAGUAAGUCCUACUGCAUCUGAUAAAGAAAUAAAAAAAGCUUAUCAUAAACUAUCACUGUGUGUCCACCCUGAUCGUGUUGAAGAAGAUCAGAAGAAGGUGGCAACUGAAAAAUUUCAAGUACUUGGAAAAAUUCAUUCGAUUCUUCAAGAUGAUACAAAACGUAAAUUGUAUGACGAUUUUGGUGAAUUUGAUGAAGAAAUUGAUGCAUCAUUUAAUUGGGUGGAUUACUGGCGAUCUAUGUUUAAAAAGAUUGAUAUCAAAGAUAUAGAAAAUUAUGAAAAAGAAUACAUUGGAUCUGAGAUUGAAUUAAAAGACAUUAAAAAGGCAUAUAUUUCUACGAGAGGUAACAUGGAUGGAAUUCUUGAAAUGGUACCUUUUAGUAAUUGUGAUAGCGAAGAAAGAAUCAUUAAGAUUGUACAAAGUUUCGUAGAAAAAGGUGAAGUGGAAAAGUAUAAUUCAUUCUUUAAUGAAAAUAAAAGUAGAAAAAUUAAAAGACGUAAAAAAUGGGAAAAAGAAAAACAGGAAACGGAAUUGAUAAACAUGAAGGACUUGGAAAAAGAUAUGGAAAAAAGUAUGAAGAGAAGAGGAGAAGAAUAUUAUAAUCUUUUGUCAGAAAUUGAAGAUAAAUUUGUUUCAAAAAGGAAAAGGAUGAAUAUUACCUCUGGAUCUAUCAAGCAGAAAGAAAGUAAAUCAGAUAAGAAUAAAAAGAAACAAAAAAACUAAAUGUUUUGACAUAAAUAGAUGAAAUAUUCUAUUAUUUCCAACAUUAAUCUGAUUAGUAAAUAAUGUGAAGUUUACUCAAAAUAUACCAUAUAAUAAUUAAAAUAUUGUUUUUUAUAUGAAAUGUAAAGAUUUUCUUUUGAUGUAGUAAAAUUUCUGUAAAUG